AUGGCGGGUUUUACCAUCUAUUCGUUGCUGAUUCUCGGCACCAGCCUGGUCGUGUUGGGCUCGCAGCAUUCACCGUAUUCCCUGCAGGCUGCCAUCGAUGCCCUGCAUCGCCGAGAAGCACAGCUAGCGCUGCGAGAAGAGGCCGCUGCCGAGCAAAUGGAUGACGAUGGCUACUGGAUGGAACCGACCGAAGAGCAGCAGCAGCAGUUCCGUCCGAACCGGCAAAGAUUGAACCGCAUUCUGGCGAACUAUUUGCGGCGCGAUGAAGACCCAGACGAUGGUUACGAUCCUUACGAUCUGGACACGCGCAAGCGUUCCGUGUUUAGGGAGAGAGAUGAACAAUCUUCCUAUCCGACCGUUUUCCGUGAGCGGGAGCUUGAGAAAUCAUACCCACAUCCCGAUUUGUCCGCUGACUUCUUGCGCGCCGUAGAUCGGCAGGCGAUCGCGGAGCGGGACGAAGAGUUCCAGGAUCGUUUGCAGCAGCUGUGGGACAAGUAUCAGCAGGAGGAGAACGAAAUCGAACAGCGACUCUUCGAAGACGAACCAUUGGUCCCGCUGUCGGGUGCAGCAGUGUACGAAAAGCGGCAAGGAUUCCCCAUGUCCGAAUCGGAACCAUCUCCCGCACACUACGGCCCGCCGAUGCAAGAACGCAAACGAACCCUUCCGAUUCUGCCCUGGCUGCCAGCGACACGCAAGAAGCGAUUCCCGGUGGCCAAACGAUCACCCAAACCCGAAGCACCACCAUCCGGCACCGACGAGAAGGUGGCCAAGGAUUUGCAGGCCCUAUUCGGUGCACCGAUCGAGCAGAAGCGCAAACGUUCCAGCGAACCGGCAAGUGGACCAAGUUCCACCGCUAGCUCUGGUGUGACCACGGCGGCUUCCACCACAACCGAGCGAACACUGGAAGCGAACAAAGCUAAGCGAGAAUCAAGCGACGAGCAUCACGAACACAGCUCGGAGGAAGGACCGGAAGAGGACGAACAUGAGCACGACCAUGAACACGAUCACGAUCAUGAGGAUUCGAGCGAAGAGUUUGAGGGUGAGGAUGACGACAAAAAGAAGAAGCGAUCCGUGCGCAAACGUUCCAACCUGGAGGUGGUGAAGGAAGAUCAAAUCCUCCCGGGGGACAUUGGGGAGUUUAAGUCGAAGAAAUCGAUCCAGUGGAACAAGUACUUCGGUAUGGACCGUAGGAAAAAGGAUGGUCGGAAUGGUGCUGGCAGCGGACCCGUCCCAUACCCACUGAGCUUUUACAAGACGUACGACGAGGAUCGCAAGAAAAAGAACAUAAAUCAGGACAAGCUGGAAAGCAUGGCACAGAAGCUGAAGAGCAUCGAGGAUCUCAUCCUGGACCAGACGGUUAAGUACACGGGCGAUCACGAAGGUCUUAUUACCGAACCGGAUGAGCUGGAAAAGUUGAAGGACAAGCUGGUGGCACGUUUGGCCACUGCGUACAGCAUCGAGAAGAUGCGCCACACGCUGGAAAGGCUGAAGGAUUCGGUAAGCGAUGAUCAGUUGAAGCUGAACGAAGUGGAACCGGAACAGCCCCGCGAAGAGAAGGAAAAGGCCAAGCGAGUCGCCGUGAAGAAGGAGCGAGCUGAAUACGACCAUAGCCAACACAGCAUGGAAGGCAACGAUAAAGUGGCGCACGAUGAGGUGGAAAACAAUCUCGACGAUGUGGAGGGCGACAAGAAGAAGAAGAAGCGUACCCAGAAGCGCUACCAGGAGAUAUUCCGAGGCCCGGAGGAGCCCGAGCUGGAUGAGGAUUUUAGUCGAGGAUUGGUCGUUGAGUCCACUGAAUGUCCACUGCUAGAUGCAUUCGAGAGGCGAUGUCGUGGAGUAGACGUGCUGAGCGGUGAUAUCUAUCAGGAGCUUCUUCCGGCUUGUGGUGCCCAUCAACUGUGCUAUCUAUGCGGUGUUUCACCGAAAGUUUGUGACCUGCAGUAUCUCUCGGAGGCGGACAACAUAUGCGAAACCCAACCGGACUGCCAGACGACCGCCCGGUCCGUGCUGAUGAUACUGCGUGGCUUUCCCGGCCCUCAGCUUGGUCCGCGCGAGUGCGCCAAAAAUCCCUGUCUCUACCGGGCCAUGGUUGAGGUCGGUGUCGUUGUAAAUUAA